GCAGCUUCUUGCCCUUUGUGGCGCAUACAUAUUUCUUUCCGCACUAUAGUUUCUUCAUCAGCGCCUCUCCCGGCACUUUCACGAUGCCCCUCAAAAAGAAAGAGGAGGUGUGCGGCAAGCCCAAUCAGUACAACCUGCAGACGCUGGAGUACGACUGGAAGGAGCUACCCGACACGCACAUUCAGCUCCCUCCGCAGCAGCCCCGCAUCCGCGAUUACUCCCUUGCGCCGGUGCCCGCCGCAGCGCCGCCAAAGCUGAACCCCAUCACCCACCAGCCGCUCCCGAACCCUGCUGCGGGCCCCUCCUACACGCCGCUGCCCUCCCCGUCCAAACCUGCGCAGGAGGAGGUCAACCGCCGCACCCCGCAAGGCCGCUACGGCAACAACAAUAGAAAGGAUCACGUAGCCGAAUUGCUUGGAGACGGCGGUGCCUCUCCGGCGUACAACGCCCCUGCGCGUCCAUCGCCAUCACCGCUACUGCCUGUGCCGCCGCAGCAGUUUGCGCCUGCGCCUGCACCUCCACCAGUCUACCCCUACGAUGUUGGGGAAUUCGAUCUGCAGCAGGCACCGAGUCGCUCGCCACCUCCCAAAUUGAAGGCGUACGGCCUUGAAGAUGUCGCCGUGCCUCCGUAUCGGAACGACGGCUAUGCGGUGAUCCAGUGGUCGCAUGACGACCUACGACGCGUCGGCACCUCCAACGCACUCGAGGCCCAACGCUCCUACCUGCGAUGA